AUGUCACGAUUAAUUGUCAAGGGUCUUCCAAAGUAUUUCACAGAAGAUAACUUAAGAAAACAUUUUGGCGAGCAAGGCGAUGUUACGGAUGUUAAACUUGUGAAAUCCAAGAACGGUGAAUCGAGGCGUUUUGCAUUUAUUGGAUACAAAUCUAGAGAGUCGGCGGAAAAAGCUGUAAAAUUUUUCAACAAGUCCUUUCUUGAUACGGCAAGAAUAGAUGUGGAAAUUGCAAAGACAUUUUCCGAUCCAAAUGUGCCAAUAUCUUUCAGAGAAAAGAGAAAGAGAGAUAAUGAAAGACUUAGGCGACAGGAAGAAGCAUUAAUUGAACAAAAUGAAAUGGCUAAAAAUGUCAAGAGACAAAAACCAAAAUCAGCAAUUGAAGAAGAAAUGGAGAAUGAUCCAAAAUUUAGAGAGUAUAUGGAAGUGAUGAAGCCAUCGCACGAAGUGAAAUCUUGGGCUAAUGAUGCAAUCGCCGAUGGAUCAGGUGGUCGUUCGGCAAAAGAACUCGAGGAUGCUUUGGCCGGAGAUACUAAACCUAUUGCUCAAAAUUAUGAUGUUAUAGAAGCAAAGGAGAGUGCGAGUGAUGAUGAAUACGAAGAUUUUAGUAAGAUUGAAGCACGAAAGGGAGGAGAAGAAGGUGAAGAAGGGGAAGAAGAUAAGGAGGAAGAGAUGAUGAUGAUGAUGAGUUUGGAUAAUGUUGAGAAUAAUUUGGCAAAAGAUGAAAAUGUUUCGGAUUUGGACUGGUUGAAAUCCAGAAGUAUUCGGAUCAAGGAGAAUGGCGAAGUUCCCGAAUCUGCAUUGGAGAAUGAUAGUUUGAAACAAAAUGAAGGAAUCAACCCACUGACAGUUUUGGAAACUACGGAAGUGCUGGUACCAGUCUCAAAAUCUGUGCAAAAGACUGAAGAAGAGAAAACUCUUGAGAAACUACAAGACACUGGGCGUUUAUUUAUUCGAAAUAUCCUGUAUGAAGCUACUGAAGAUGAUUUUAGAGAGCUCUUCCUGCCGUACGGUGCACUAGAAGAAGUGCAUAUAGCCAUAGACACCAGAACCUCAAAGUCAAAAGGUUUUGUAUAUAUUCAAUUUGUUAAUCCCCAAGAUGCGGUUCGAGCAUAUAGCUCGUUGGAUAAGGAGAUUUUUCAAGGAAGGUUAUUGCACAUUCUUGCUGCAGAUAGGAAAAAGAGUCAUCGAUUAGACGAGUUUGAUUUGAAGAAUUUACCUUUGAAGAAACAAAGAGAAUUGAAAAGAAAAGAACAAGCUGUAAAGACCCAAUUUAGUUGGAACUCGUUGUUUAUGAAUACUGAUGCUGUAAUGGAGUCGAUGGCAGCUAAAUUAGGAGUCACCAAGUCGCAAUUAAUUGACCCUGAAAACUCUAGCUCUGCAGUCAAACAAGCAUUAGCAGAGGCGCACGUUAUUGGAGACGUCAAGAAAUUUUUUGAGGAUAAAGGCGUUGAUUUGACUUCUUUCAACAAAAAAGAAAGAGAUGACAAGAUCAUAUUGGUGAAAAACUUUACUUAUGGGACCACCACAGAAGAGUUGGGCGAAUUAUUUUCUCAAUAUGGCCCAAUUGCCAGAAUCAUUAUGCCUCCUGCGGGAACUAUUGCUAUAGUAGAAUUUAAAGAUGCGCCAAGUGCUCGAGCGGCAUUUACCAAGCUUGCUUACAAGAGAUUCAAUUCAAGUAUCUUGUAUUUGGAAAAAGGUCCAAAAGAUUUGUUUACUAGAGCUCCAACUACGGCAGAAGAGGCAAGUCUUAAUGUUGGUAUUGGUGCUGACACUGCCGGCACUGCUGGCGUUGCUGGCGUUGCUGGCAAUAUAUCACAACCAGUCAAGGCAGUCGAAGUAAUCAGUGCAAACGAUAUUCUCGGUCAAGAUAUUGACGACACAGAGGAUGGUGAUAUUCACGGUUCAACAGUUUCCAUCUUUGUCAAAAACCUCAACUUCUCCACUACAGUGCAGCAACUUUCCGAUUUGUUCAAGCCUUUAUCUGGCUUUGUACUUGCUACUGUAAAGACCAAACCUGAUCCUAAAAAUACCGGUAAGACACUUAGUAUGGGAUUUGGGUUUGUUGAAUUUAGGAGCAAGGCACAGGCUGAUGCAGCAAUUGCGGCUUUAGAUGGACAUGUUCUUGAUGGUCACAAGUUGCAGCUCAAGAUUUCUCAUAAACAAAGUGGAGGAGCCAAGGAUUCAAGGGCAACAGCUGUUGGUAGUGCUGCUGCCAAAUCUGGCAAGUCUAAUAAAAUCAUUAUCAAGAAUUUGCCAUUCGAAGCAACAAGGAAGGAUCUUUUGGAAUUAUUUGGUGCUUUUGGUUCGUUGAAAUCGGUGAGAGUGCCCAAGAAAUUCGAUCAAAGUGCUAGAGGUUUUGCAUUUAUCGAGUUCAAUUUAUUGAAAGAGGCGGAGAAUGCAAUGACACAACUUGAAGGUGUGCAUUUGUUGGGAAGAAGGUUGGUCAUGCAGUAUGCUGAGAGGGAUGCUGAUAAUGCCGAAGCAGAAAUUGAACGAAUGACAAAGAAGGUGAAGAAGCAAGUGGGUACACAAAACAUGGCAGCUGCUAGAUUGGCGGGAAAGUCAAAGAUUGAAUUGGAAGAAAAACAAGAUGAAUUUGAUGUUUAG